CACACACACACACACACUCUCCUCAUGUGCAUGUCUCUGCUAUUGACUCGCAGCCACACUUUGGCAUCUAGAUUGAGUGCAGCUCGACACAAGGCUGAGCCAGCGAAUGCACUCGCCAACUUUCCUCUUCAGCCUUGGCAGAGCUGACUCAGUGUCAGCAUAUGUGUGUCUGACUGAACGAGACCUUAUACUUCUGGAGUGAGAGUGUGUGUGUGUUUGUGUUGGCUGUGAGCACGUGUGAGAUCACAUGCCUGCUCAUGUUGUGUAACUCACAUUAGCCUUUUUAUUCUGAAAGCCUCUCUCCGUAACAAAAAACUCUGACAACUUCAGUUGUUCAGCUAGAUAGUGGGUGUGUGUGCUUGCGUGUGUGCGUGAGUGUGUGUGUGGAGAGAGAGUGCUUGCUUGCAAUAAAACGGAGCCACUUAGAGGAUUCUCAGGUGGAUUAGUGUUCAACACGUGUGGCACACACACACGCAAGCACACACACACACACACACACACACACAGGUUAUCUAGAUGUCACCUUUGACUUGUCACUCAGUUCACAACACAAACUCAGUAUUAAUCAAUACUAAUUUCAGCUCAUGAUUCUUUUCAUGCUCUAUUGAUGUGAAUCUCCCAUCACCUCAGGAUGUUUCUGUUUUUAAGUCACAGGUAAUGAUUUUGCUGCGGAGUAAAGGAGAGUUGCAUGUACAGUAUUUGUAGCUUGAGUAUAAUAAUGGUUUGAUAAAGUACUACAGUCAUAUGUUUUACCUUCUGUUCCUCCAUGUUCCUCUAUCUGAUCUAGAGAUAGUGGAGAAUUCUUGCUGACACCGGACCAACUCAACCUCCCUCGUCCCAGCUGUAGACGCCUCCACUGUGGAGGAGUAAACUGAUCCCUGGUCUGUCACUGAACACGGGCCGGAGGAGGCGUGUCCCUCCGUGGUGAUCUUGUUAAAGCAUUAAAGCGUCCGCACCUGUCAGAAAGCGAAGUGGUCCGGGCAGUGGAGGAUGGGAAGCGAACAAGGGAGUGAGGUCUCGACCUGACCUGCCACAGGACGUGAGACUGUGUGUGUCCCGAGCUCGUCCUGUCAGAGCAACACAUCAUGAGCCAAGGAGAAAACCAUUAAACGUCAAAGAAGUAGGGGUGUGGUCGGCUCCUCCCGUCCCGAGAGCUCAGGUGCAACAUGGAGUCUUUGGUGAGAGUGAAAAAGUCACUGAGGACGCCCAUCAGGAAGCUGACCAGCUGUGUGUCGGGGGUGAAGCAGCAGAAGUUGUGCGCCAAACCCAGGAACAAGAGGUGCCGAGGCAGAGGAGGCAGAGGAGGCAGAGGAGGGUGUGAGAAGUUCGGGAAGACCCCACCACUCCGAACUGCACAUCCCAAAGACCCAACGGUCAUCCGCCCGUACCAGGCCGACCUGGAGAAGGAGAGGAAGCAGCGGGAAGCAAUGAACGCUCAAAAGAAUGCAGAGAGAGCAGCUAUGAGAGGUCAUUUCCGGAGAAAAUACCAGCUGUCUGAGAACCCGAAGGACUCAAACCACCUGAGGUCUGCCGGAGGGAAAGUGUCGCUCCCCCGCAAGCUGUCGAAGCUCAUUCAUCCUCAAACCAAAAGCAAGGACGAUGGCUUCAACCUGCUGAGCGCCUUUCAAGGCCUCAGUUUUAACACGGCGUUGGUCACGGGGCGGAAACACAGCAAGACGACCGCUCCUGCACCGGCGAGUGGGGACUCUUGUAGAGUCAUGUGAUCCACGUGUGACCACAGGGACGAUUGGUACACUGCCUUUUGAUUGUGUUAGUUGUUUAAAGAAAGGGGAACAGCAGGGGAAAAUAUACGCAUCCAUAAUCGCUGCUCAAACAUAAACUGUGCUUUUACAUGUUACAUCAACAGCCACACACACACACACACACACACACACACACACGCACAUUGAGUCCAAGCGCUGCUGUUAAAAUGAAACCGUGACAGGCAGACUUUCCUUUGGUUCUUAGUUUUGUCUUUUAAGUAGUAUAGUGUGUAACUGCCAGGCUAUUUAAUAUCUGCAAUGAAAUGUAGUGUUGUGAUGCUAUACCUUUUUACAGAUAACUUGAUUAAUUCACCAGUAAGUUAAAGAUAUUUCACAAGUGAUGUCGUAGAGAGACACUUUCUUUCAAGUCACUUUCCCUUAAGAGCUUAUUGCAGUUAAGAGUUGUAUUAUUACAACAACUAAGCAGAUAUUAAAUCACAAUAUAGUAAUAUACAGUUGGAAGAAACAAAGUUAUUAUUGUGAACAAGUACUAUUAAUUAAUAAUCUUAAAAUGUCUUUAGUCGUGUACAUCAUAGUGAGUAAAUGCUAUAUAGCAACAAUACUUUCUGAUUAUGUGCUAACUCAAGGUAAAUCAUUGCAUUACCCUUUUGAGGUAUUUAAUUAUGGGUCAACAUAUAACGAGUCAUACAGUUUUGUUAUGAUCAUUGAUAAUGUUUGUUUUGAUCUUUAUAAGGUUUGCUCAUAUUUUCCCUUUUUUAAAAUGUCCUGAAAUCACUGUGUCACAAUGUUAUGUAUAACUAAUAAGUUGUCAGUUUACAGUCAGAACAGCGGUGUGGUCGUCUGUAUCUAUACUCACUGGGCUGUUGCAGCUCCAAUUGGGUGAGCUAUACACAAGUAAGGAACCUCAGGGCAACACACAUACACACACACAGGUAAUGAAGCAACAGUUAAUGUACUCUUUUUUAUUAUUUAUUUUUUCUUGUUAACACUUUCAGAGCUGUGUCACAUCUACACGUGUGAGCCAAAUGAUAUGUUUCUUGUAAGGACUGCCUUGUUUCCAUUGAGCUAUUGUGUAAACAGUCUCACGCUUACUCGUAAAAGAAUUUCAGUGAAUCAGAAAUUGAAAAAACUCACAAGAACCGUGCAAGAUUCCCCGCAAAACAACAAGUAGACACUUUUUUAUCUUUUUAUUUCUCUGUCUUUAGCUGAGACUGAAGCUUGUAUUAAAAGACUUCUUUGGCCA